AUGGCAACCGGUACAAUUCAUGGAUGGAUUGCUUCAGCUAAAGACAAGCCCUUGGAAUGGGGUGAGCAACCACGAAAAACCUUUGAUGACGAUACAGUCGAAAUGGAUAUCACGCAUUGUGGCAUUUGUGCUUCUGAUUUAUUCACUCUCGAUUCUGGAUGGGGGAAAACCGAUUAUCCAACCAUCGUAGGACAUGAGAUUGCUGGCAUAGUCACCAAAGUGGGCAACAAUGUCAAGAACGUAAAGGUCGGUGAUAGAGCUGGUGUUGGGGCCCAGUGCAUGUCAUGUCUUCAAUGCUAUGCUUGUCAACAUCAUGAAGAAAACAUUUGCGAGAAUGGUGUGAUAGGAACAUACAAUGGCCGUUGGCCUAAAACCAAUGAAAGGACAUAUGGUGGCUAUGCAGAUGUUUGGAGUGGACAUUAUAACUUUGUAUUCAAGAUCCCAGACAGCCUUCCCAACGAAGUUGCUGCCACGUUCUUUUGUGCAGGAAUUACUACAUACGCACCCAUGAAACGCCACGGCAUCAAUUCAGAUUCCACCGUUGGUGUCAUCGGUAUUGGUGGUUUGGGUCAUUAUGCGACACAAUGGGGCAAUGCUAUGGGUGCCAAAGUAAUCGCAUUAUCGCACUCAGACCGUAAACGAGGUGAUGCCGAAAAACUUGGAUGCCAUGAUUAUGUCGUAACCGAGGAUGAGACCUCCAUGUCAAAAAUCAAGAACAAGCUCACGCACAUUAUUUGUACAAGCUUUGGAACCGAAAAUUUCGAUUGGGGCAAAUACCUUGGAUUGCUUAAACCUGGUGGUGUAUUCAUUAUGGUGGCUGUUCCUGAUAAGCCCUUCACAAACAUUCCACCUGGUGCUUUGGUGGGUCGUCAAAUUACGCUUGCCGGGUCAGUGGUUGGUAGCCCUGAUACGAUCCGGGAAAUGCUUGCCUUUGCAGCAGAAAAAGGUGUAAAGCCUUGGAUCGAAAAACGCCCCAUGAAGCAGUGCCCAGAAACUGUGCAAGCCAUGCGCGAUGGAAAAGCUCGCUACCGCUUUGUGCUUGAAAAUUGA